GGACCAUUUAAGUAUUCCCUGAAUAAACAAACAUAAGUUCUACGAAUAAAAAGAAGCAAGAUCAAGUGUGCGAGUAUAUGAAAUUUGUGUAAUCGUUUCCAGUUAAUAGAAUGAAGUAACAAAAAAUUCAAUCACUAAUCUUUUUUCGUUAGAAUAAUCUACUUUCACCUUCAAAAAUUGUGAUUAUCGAUAAGAUAAUUACUCGUUCAUGUUGCUUUGUUUAUUGAAAUGUCAGUGUUUGGUGCAUUGUGUUGGUUUUUUAUGCAUAUAUGGCUACCUCGAACACAAUUGAUGCUACUGCUUUCCAGUAUAUAGCACCUGAAAUCAAUAAAGUAGUGGAACCAUCUACUGUUGUAAUUGAUGACGCAGAGCAGUUCGGAAAAUUUGAAGAGAACACCACUUAUCUAUUAGACAAAUUCGAAUAUCCAAGAAAUGGAAAAGAGCCAGGACUAGUAAUCAUAUUCAACCAAGUACAUUUCAACAACGAAAAAACAAGAAUAGGAAGUUACAAAGAUGUGAAUGAAAUCGUUUUAUGUUUCUCGAGAUUAGGAUUCAAUAUUCGUUCCAAAUACAUUUUUACCGAUUUGACUAAGGCAGAAUUAUUCGCAGCAAUAAAUACAGUGCUCAAAGAUGAUCUCAGUGAAGUUAACUGCCUCAUUGUAUUUUUCCUCACCCAUGGUACCAACAAAAAUAAACUUAUGGCUAAGGACAAAACAUUCAGUGCAACAGCUGCUUGGAAACAAUUCUCCGAACAUAAGGAUCUGCUGAACAAACCUAAAAUGUUCAUUUUUCAGGCUUGCAAAGGAUCCAAUCAUCUCAAACCUUCAGAUGUAAUCAAGAAAGUGCUUUUAGUACCUACUACAACGUUUACUGUGGAUAGUAUACUUCCAGAUAUGGUGGUAGUUUUUUCAGCUGUUGAAGGUUCCGUAUCUUUCAGGAAUAGUGUUUCUGGAUCCUGGUUCAUUCAGGAGCUCUGCAAAAACUUUUCAGCGUAUGGUCGUCGAGACGACGUGAUAACUCUACUCCAUAGAACGAAUAAAUGUGUAUCAAGAAAUUAUGUUUCCGAGUAUGGUUACCAGCAGAUGCCAGUUUUUAUAUCCACAUUGAACAAAAUGUUUUAUUUAAACCGAAAUAAAGACCGAAGUGCACUUCAGGAAUUCCAUCAAAACAAUGACGAAAUCCUUAGAGCUUUGAACGAUUUGAACAUGAGAGUGGAGGAAAUGAAGGAAUUGAAAAGAAGAAAAGAUGAAGAAGAUUAUAAAUCAGAAAAUAAUACUUGAUUGUUUUUAUUCGAGUUCGGAAUCUAAUAAACGCAUGACAAAAUAUAUUAAUAUUCAUUUAACUUGAUUUUCUGUCUAAUCGAGUGUUUGCAGUCACUAUCUAGAUGAUCUAUAAUUUUGAUGAAUCUUCUUUUACUUGAGCUUUGUAUUGAAAAUAGAGCUUGCUAUAAUAUGAAACAACAUGAUCAAAAAAGUCUCAUUGAAUAUCCGUGUCAAUUAGGCCUAGUGGUUCAGAGUUAAACCUCGGACCGAGAAAAAAAAAAUUUUGGUUUUCAGGAGACCAUACACACAUUCGCUAUUGAGUGAAUAAUACAAGUAUUGUGCCUUAAAUGGCGUUGGAACAGAAAUAAAAUCUACUCCAUACAA